GUACUAGGUGCCGUGCGGUCGCAUGCUCGAGUCCUUCGUGUGCCACCUGUAGAACUGCACGGUGAUACGAGUCAGUUGUGUUAGUCGUUGUGUCUUCAGUUGGGUGCUCGCCACGCCAAAACGCAUAAUCUUUUUUUUUUUUUGCUGAAAAUAUACAUACACAAGGAAGGAAUGACGUGCGUAACCGUGCAUGACAUUACAGACAAGUUUGCAUUGUCUGUUUGUACCGCAACCGUGCUGUGAUAGUUGUCAAUGGUUUUUGUAGGGUCACGUUUUUAUUCUGAUCAUUUGCUACUUCUUUUCGCUUCUGGUUGCCUUCUUCCUGGCUCUUGUGCAUUUGGGGCGGGAUUUUUUUUUUCGGAAUACAGGAGAAAUCUGGAACAGCAGAAGGAGUACCGUUGUUUUUUGUUUUUUUGAAAAAUCGGAAAAAGAAAAAAACUGGAGCUGUGCUUUAGAUUUAUCCUAACUCGUCUUCACAUUUGUUGUUUUUACCCACUUUUUCCUCGCCGUGUUUCCUCUUCUACGCGUUGUUCACGAUACGAUACGAGUGGUUAAAACAAAAACAAUGCCGACAUUCUUCGAGUGAGUUGAUUAUAUUUUGAAAAAAAAGAAAAAGCGUGAAGCCUUUCCUAGCGGAUUUCGUUACACCGAUUUUUCAGGAUCUCGCCUCGGUAACCGACUUGCGAUGGAUUUCCGAUUUGGCAUGGGGUUACUUCUGCUUUCGUUUUUGCCUCUAGUUUUCGCUGCCAGUCAAACACCGAACAAUCUAACAACACCUAGCUACCAAAUCAGCCGAAAACCGUGUUAUGUGAAAGGACAAGAAGGGACGUGUAUGUUUGUUUGGGAAUGCGUCAAGACGGAAGGCACACCAUUGGGAAUGUGCAUGGAACGAUUCAUGUUCGGUAGUUGUUGUGCCCACGACCUGGACAACGAUGUUUUCCCCAAGCCAUCGUUGUCGUCAAUGAUAGCAACGAUGGCUAGCAAUUACCCACCUCCAAUCGUGCCUACAAACAUUAGCUCCGCAGCUACUCCCAGCCCGCCAUCCAUUUUAACGACGCUCAUAACGUCAGUUGUUCCAGCCAGAAUCAACAGCACGAACAAAACUGAAACAGAAACAACUAAACCAUCGUCAGUGCAGCCGUUAACAAUACCAACUGACACGUCGACAGAUGCUACAUUGUCGAAUGAACUUGCACCGACAACUAGUUUAGGUUCCAGUACAGUUACAUCAACGCAUGGAACAACUCUACUGAUGGACUCUAAGACAUCCACUACAAUUGCAGCCUCGUCCACGCAGCCUCCAUUUGUCGAAUCAACGACAAAGCCAUCAGGUAGCCAACUCACAUUAGGCUAUAUCAAAUUACGUCCUAAGCCCUAUCGACGGACGACCACACCCAGAGCUGCAAUACCGACUGUUGCGACCGGGAUAACUAACCAAGCGCUUGUUUCUUCCACAGCCACCAAACCUACCAAUCCGACGUUGGCCACUGCACCUCCAAUUGCACCGUCAAUCAAUCUACUGAUACCCAAUAACAUUGUUAACCUGGUUGCAGUCCCCGUAGCCUCGUCACCAACCACCGCACAAUCCUUAAUAACUACCAUACAGCUUUUAACGACGUUACAGCAUCCCGAUGCUUUAGUAGCAUUAACUGUGCCAAGUUCCCAUCUUUCCCCUGUAACCAACCAAUCGAAUUUAUCGGCCCCACUGGUUGAGCUCCCCGAUUCUUCCGUCAAUGAAUUGAAUGCCACGGCUGAUAUUCAAAUCACCGUUCCUUCGGCUACCAAUAAGCCCGUUGAUAAGCCCUAUUUUCACCACGUCACCACAGGCGUUUUGUCGACCACAGAAGCCGAAUCGACCGAACCCCAGAGCACGCAAUUCGAUAGCUCUACGAUACCUUCCACUGUUUCACCUGUUACGACGUCGUUUGUAACUAAGCCAAACAUCGACGUCACAGAGUUCAUUGCCGUCUCAGCCAGUUCGACUGAAACCGUUGAGGUUACAUCCACUAGCACUGAGAGUUCAAGCCGCAAACCUGAAUCUAACGUAACUCCGACCAGUCACAAAAACAGCACGGAAAGCACGCGGAAGCCAACUUUGGCUGUCACCUCACUUCCUAGCUCCUAUAAUAUUGAAUGCGGAGUACCUCCAAUGUUAGCAGAAGUUACCAGAGAAGAAAGAAUAGUGGGAGGCAACAAUUCGAAAUUUGGGUCUUGGCCGUGGCAGGUUUCUGUUAGGCGGACUUCCUUUUUUGGAUUUUCCAGCACGCACCGUUGUGGAGGAGCCCUCUUGAACGAAUUGUGGGUUAUAACAGCUGGACACUGUGUAGAAGAUCUUCUCGUUUCGCAAAUUCGACUGCGCAUGGGAGAGUUCGACUUUAGCACCGUGCAAGAGCCAUAUCCAUUUGUUGAACGGGGAGUCAACAAGAAGAUCGUCCAUCCCAAGUACAAUUUCUUCACCUACGAGUACGAUCUUGCCUUGGUUCGACUAGAAGAGCCGAUCACAUUUCAGCCAAACAUCGCGCCAAUCUGUCUGCCAGCCACGGACGAGUCUUUAAUCGGCCAAAACGGUACCGUUACCGGGUGGGGGCGCCUCUCCGAAGGUGGCACGCUACCUUCGAUGCUUCAACAGGUUACCGUUCCUAUUGUCAGCAAUGAUAAAUGCAAAGACAUGUUUUUAAAAGCUGGACGUCACGAAUACAUUCCUGAUAUCUUCAUGUGCGCUGGAUUCGAAGAAGGCGGGCGAGACUCUUGUCAGGGUGAUUCGGGAGGCCCGUUGCAGAUACGCGGCCGUGAUGGCAAAUAUUUCUUGGGUGGCAUUAUCAGUUGGGGCAUUGGAUGCGCUGAGGCCAAUCUCCCUGGAGUUUGUACCAGAAUAUCCAAAUUUACAAACUGGAUUCUAGAAAACGUGACGUGAAGAGUUUCACCUGAACCGUUAAUGUGAUAUAUGAAAUUCUUGGUCGUGUUCAAUCGAUGGCGUCGAAACGGAAAGGGACAGUUUGUUUCAAGUCUUUCUUAAUCAUUUGGCCUUAAUUCGUAGCUGGUCUGCCGAGAAUAAGAAAGCUGAACUUUUAAACAGUGCUAUUGAUCCAAAGAGGAGGCAACUGUUGAUUUAGGAACGAAACUGUUCCAUCGAUUUAUUGAUUUCUUUUCCACGAAAAAUUCCUUUUUUUCUGUCUUCGUUUUGCAAAUUCGUGUCUCGUCUUUGUGUACGUCUAAAGAAACCCGUCCUGUAUAUUCGUGUACUGCAGUUGGUUGCAUAAUAUUGUUUUUUUUUCAUGUUUUCGUUGAGGUCCUUUUUUUUUAAAGCUGUGGAUCUAAUAUAUUUGUAUAGUGUAGAUAAUGGU